AUGCCAUUCAGAGGAAGCUCCCCGAAGCGACUUCCUGCCUUUUGUUACAAUACACGACGAAGAAACCCGUCAUCGUCCUCAAUUGAGUCACUAUCACCUCAAUUAUCGCCAAUUUCACUGCACCCAAGGCAUUCAUCCGAUUCGGAAAGUGACGUAGUUCACAUCAAGCUCCUUUUCAACAGCACCAGUAGUCCAAAACUUAUGGACACUCCACCACUAUCCCCUGAAAUAACUUAUGCUUACCCAUCAGCAUGGAUUCCACCAGCCCGAACAGGCCGUACACCGUGGGUUUUUUCAAGCCCAGAGGAACUGGCACCUCCACCUCUCUGUCAAAACAUCAACAAUAGAGAAAACCCAAAGAUCAAGGUCCAAAUUUCCAGAUCAAAACCAAAGUCCCGAGAAAUGUCAUAUCUGCGCAGAACCUUAUCCGAUGCACGAAUGUAA